AUGAUUAAACAAUCCCAUAGCAAUCCGAACUUCUCCGACAACAACACAUUUAAAAAAAUUUCUCAAAGAAUAUAUAAUCGGAAUAGGUCGUGUGAUGAUUAUAAUGUGGUAAUUAAGGUUGGCCAAGAACCGGAUAGUAGAAUAUUUCAUGCUCACUCGUUGAUAUUGAAAGUGCGUUCGAAAUACUUCAAUGCAGCAUUUGGAAAUAGUUGGGCGAAGGAGGAUGAAGACGGAAGGAUGGUGUUCGAGAAGCCUAACAUUGAGCCCACCAUAUUUGAAGUGAUUUUGAGAUACAUCUACAGUGGAAUACUGGAUAUCACAAAUCUUGCCGUCGAGCAGGUCCUAAAACUUCUGGUUGCCUGCGAUGAAUUGUGUAUUCAAGAUCUAUUCGAUUCAUUACAGUCUCACAUUAUCAUUAAGCAUUUAAAAUGGAUUCGCAAGAAUCUGGUAAUAAUUUAUCGAACCUGUUUCCAUCACUCCUCGCUUACAAAACUUCUUCACCACUUUUCCGACAUAGUCGUCAAAAAUCCAAAACUUCUCUUCGAUUCACCUGAAUUCUUUCAUUUUGACGAGUCCGAAUUAAUUUCAAUCUUACAGCGAAAAGACUUAAGGUCAUCACUGAGCGAAGAGAAAAUGUGGGAUUACGUACUCCGAUGGGGAGUCGCUCAACAUCCCGAAUUACCCGAAAACCCGAUGAGUUGGAAGAUACAAGAUUUUGAGAAACUCAAAUCCACGUUGGCGAAGUGUACUUCCCUGAUAAAAUUUGAUGAUAUUGGUGUUAAAGAGUUUUACCAGAAAGUUCAACCAUACGCAUUCGCUCUUGACGCAGAUACUUAUCAACGCGUUCACCUCAAACAUUUGUCAAAGUCACAAUCCGUAUGGAAAUUUAAAUCCGAAAUGAUUUAUAACGCUAUACCGCAGACUAUUGAUUCGAUAAUAUUAAAUGAUGAGCAAGCGAAAUUAAUCGCUGGUUGGAUAAGCAAGGAUAGUUUUUCCACACGGAUGAUGAGGAGAUUCUCGGAGACUAUUUUAAGGAGUGGCAAGAGGAAUGGGAAGGGAGAUGAGACACCGGCUAAUCAAACAAGAUUGUGGGGGAUUAAUGAAUGUGUGGAUGUUGAAACAGAUAAUUUUAGUGAAGUGGAUUGUGGGAGUAACCGCAAAUCACGUGUUGUUAACAGAAGGAAGAGACCAAUGUCAGCGGUUUAUGCUAGCACCACGAAAAUUGGCGGCAUAUCGGAACGAGAACGCCCGAUGUCUGCCGUAUUUUCAAGUGAUUUUGACUAUUCGUUUAACUCACGCCAACUCCCUUUCUUCGCGCGUCCAAUCUCAACCAUGAAAUGUUCCUAUGAAUUCAGGUUAUUAUUGAGGGGCACCAGAGAUGGAUUUAGUCCAGCAAUUUUUCAUGAGCUUUGUGACAAUCAGGGGCCAACCUUGUGUGUGUUCAAGUUGAGCGGGUCGGGGAAGAUACUGGGUGGGUACAAUCCAUUACAUUGGAAGUCAUCUAAUCCGCGGAUUUACGAAAGUUCAAUUGAUGGGUUCUUGUUUAGUCUUGAUUUCUGCACUGUUAUUAACAAAAGUGUUCACAAUUAUCAUCGCACGGACGAAAAUAACGAUUAUAAUGGAGAUGGUAACAGUAAUAGUAGUGAUAGCAAGAUCGAUGAUCAUAUUGACAAGAAAGUUGAAUCAUCAAGUCAGGAUUUUAAGAGUUUAAAUUCUGACAUCUCAGGGAGUUUUGAUGUGGAGGAGUACGAGGUGUUUAAGGUGGUUAAAGUCCAUGAUGGAAACUGA